CGAGACGAAACAGAGACAGAGCCUCCUCGCCGCCAUCAUCGUCCUCGCCGCCAGCGGCCUCGUGAGGACCUCCGACUGCCAUCAAAUCCAUCGCCGGCCGCCACCAUCAACGACGACGAAGAGCCAGAAGAGCCAGAUCCACCCAUCGACGACGAAGAGCCAGAAGCAGACGACAGGGUGCAGAAGUGGAGAUUGGCGAUUUCACGAGCAACUCCUCUAGUAUAUGCAGCUUUUCAAGCUCGGAGUGCAAGUGCACCUGCAGGACCUAGUGGAAGCUCUCGUGCAGAACCUAGUGGAAGCUCUCCUGCUACCCAUGUUUUGGUCCCGAGUCCUACUAUGUCACAAGUGGAAGAAGACUAUGUCGACGACAAUUCUGAUGAGAAUGAUGAGACUUAUGUAGAUGUAGAGCCUGAUGAGGAGUGA